AUGGAGUGGGAGAAUCAAUUUAGGGAGGAACCAAUUGCGUAUGAGCAACACUCAUGGCAAACACCUCCUUUACAUUACAAUGAGCCAAACUUUCCCCUUUGUGAAUAUCAACCCCAAAGAUAUGAGAGAUACCCCAUACACGAUCUUCAACCACCAAACUUUCAACCACCACACCCUACACCUCCAUGGAAUCAAGUUACUUAUACACCUUACCAUCAACCAUAUGAACCACCACACCCGUAUACACCACCUCAAUACCCUUACCUACAUGAUACACCUUCCCACUAUACAACCUUUCUCCCAACCUUUGAACCUUCUCUUCCAUCAAAUUGUGAAGUUUCCCAACCCUUUCCCCAAGAACUACAAGACCUUCAAGAAUUCUUCCAAGAGCAAGAAGGGUUCCGAAGGAAGCAAGGGGAAUUUAUGGCUACCAUAGCCGAAGCGAUAAACUGCUUAGCCUCACUACGCUCGAGCAAUCAAGACAUUUCCCUUGAGGAAUGUGGAGGAGCAACGAAGGAGUGUAGAGAGGAGGAUAACAUGGAGCCUCAAGGAGAAGAAGAGGAGCCAAGGCUUGAGUCACAAAAGGAGGAAGGUAGAACUAGUAAAUCAGAAGAGGUGAAAGAUUGGGUGUUGGUUGUGAAAGGAAUUCAAGGCAUAAAUGGUGCAAGGUCCAAUUUGGAGAAGCCUAACAUUCAAGUGGGUGUUUCAAAGGUGCUUGGAGAGGUUGUUCAUCCAAGGGUACAAGUGAAAGUCAAUAAGAGGAUGAUAGAGAAACCAAAGAUGAGAUAUAAUCGCAAGGAGCCGGUAGAGGAGGAGGACACUGAGGAUGGAGAUGCUGAGAAUGCUUUGGACUUGGCAAUUCCACAGAACCCAAGCCCCCGCAUCCGCCAACCGAAGGUGGAGGAACUUAGAAAUAUUCUCUCCGAAUCGUGUUUGUGCACGGAGGACCAUAUUUAG